UAUUGUUGAUGGAGCAGAAAUUCUUUUUAUCGUGAAAAAAUAAAUUUAAUGAGCACAACAAACAACAAAAAAUCUCCUCAACUCCACGGAAAAGCUCGUUAACAAUUCUCACAAAAUUCGAUAAAUUUAAGGGUCUCAGAUAAUCAUCGUUCGUUGCUAUUUUUUUGAGAAUGGCACCCACCCGCUUAGUGUUACAUGAGGAAGAUGUAAUCCGGUUAGUCUUGGAGUUCUUCAAUAAUCGCGAAUUGUACAUCAGUCAGUUAUCGCUGGAGCGUGAAACCGGCGUCAUUAAUGGAAAAUAUUCGGAUGACGUGCUUUUCCUGCGACAAUUGGUGCUCGACGGGCAAUGGGACGACACGUUAGAGUUCAUUCAGCCCCUCGAAGCGCUCCAAAACUUCAAUAUGCGACAUUUCAAGUACACGAUUUUGCGACACAAGUACAUCGAGCUGCUUUGUAUCAAGUCAGAAGCGAAUUUGGGUACAGGUCCGUCGCUGAAUUCCGUCGAGGUAGCUGUCGAAGAGGUCGUUCAAGUGCUCGCCGAGCUGGAAAAGCUCUCACCAUCCAAAGAAGAAUACUCGCAACUGUGUUUACUGCUGACGUUGCCACGUCUCGUCGAUCAUUUGCACUACAAAGACUGGAAUCCGAGCAAAGCGCGUGUCGAAUGUUUCAAGGAAAUUUUUCCGCUUGUCGAAAAAUUCCUGCCGGGUGAUAAAACGAAGGAAACGGGACCGGGAGCGGCAAAAAAUGAUCGUUUAAUACAACUGGCGAUCAAGGGAUUGCUCUAUGAGUCGUGCGUGAACUACUGCCAACUGAAGGCAACCAAGUCAGAUGCGCCCGCAAACUCCAUAGACUUUUCCAAGUUGCUUGACACGCAUACGCAGGGCUUUAGUGAUAGCGAUUUGUCGUUGCUUUCGUGGAUCCAGAGCAUUCCGGCAGACGUUUUUUCCAUUCCAUUCGAGCAAAAGUCGUUGAAUGUCGAUGUUGAGCGCCUGGAAAAGCCCACACUCGAGACAAGUUGGACCGAGCACAUGCUCAUUACGCCGAUCAAGCCGAAAACUUUUCCUCAUUCAGUGAUGCCUUUUACGAGACCAAAAUCUGCGGCAGAUAUUAUGACAAGAUCGUUGCUUCCGUCGUUGGAUGCCGUCACGGUUGCCGCGAAUCUUAAGACGAUACACGAAAAUGCGAUCAUGUCGCGUUCGAGUUUUCCGAGUUUUCAUUUGAAUGACAAAAAUAAGCCGGUGACAGCGGUUCCGGGGAAUAAUUCGACGAGCACGAGUCGCAUGAUGACUUCGAGUGUUGAUCGGUUGUUCGAGAAUGAGGGAGAUGUCUUCAUUAGUAAUCAUUUUAUUGAUUUUCAGGCACUUCCCUGCAUCCACGAAACAAACCCAAGCACGGGAAAAGUAGUCGACAUAAGUGCUCAGGGUGCUACCAAAACGACAGAUAUCGUACUCGAAGCUGAAAAUGAGCGAGAUUCUCCCAUUACAUCUACCGCAAAAAGCUCCCGACGUGAUUCUUUAAAUGAAAAAAUCUACUUGACAUCUAGCGAAACGCCUCCCGUUCUGCGAAAUGAACCAAUUCCCGUGAUGCAUCAACAAAGAUUACCUCCAAAUCCCGUCAACAAUGGACAACAAAACGGAAAUGCCGCCAACGGCAGCGAACUUCUCGAGAAAUUCCAGAAGCAGAAACAAACUGUCGUCGUUGAAGUGAACAAAAAUCGCCCCCCGAGCACUGCGUCGUCGGGUCAGAGCGCACAACAAGCCUCGUAUGCACAAAGCGAGCCGAGGAAUAGUCUCCCAAGCACGGCGGAAGAUCACAUCAACAGUGCAGCUACUGAUCAAAAUCGACCGAAAUUUAUUGCCGUUACCACACUCGAGGAUGUACAAGCGGUGCGUUGUGCUGAAUUUCAUCCCAGUGGCAAUUUCUAUGCAGUUGGCUCGAACUCCAAGACCUUCCGGAUUUGCGAAUAUCCGACGUUGGCGGAUGUGAGGGAAAAUCACACGGCGUACCAACCAACGGUACUUUUUAAACGCACGAAACAUCACAAAGGAUCGAUUUAUUGCAUGGCAUGGUCGCCCCAAGGUGAUUUAAUUGCAACAGGCUCAAAUGACAAGACAGUAAAGUUGAUGCGGUUCAAUGAAGUACAGAAACAAUUGGAGGGAAGAGAGACGGAACUCACAAUGCACGAUGGAACAGUCCGUGAUUUGUGCUUUUUGGAAGACAGCGUCAACAAAUGUAGCUUAUUGAUCAGCGGAGGAGCCGGAGAUUGCAAGAUUUAUGUGACAGACUGUUCGACAUCGACUCCUUUCCAAGCGCUUAGUGGGCAUAGCGGGCACGUGCUUUCUUUGUUUAACUGGGGAGGUGUCACUUUUGUCUCAGGAUCACAAGACAAAACUGUGCGAUUUUGGGACUUACGUACCCGAGGAUGCGUGAAUGUCGUUACUCCCGUCACAAGUACGAACUCCAAUUUGGGAUCGCCAGUCGCGGGCGUUUGUGUCGAUCCAUCAGGUCGUCUACUUGUGAGUGGGCACGAAGAUAGUUCAUGCGUUUUGUAUGACAUUCGUGGAAAUCGUAUCAUUCAAUGCUUUAAACCGCAUGCAACUGACAUCAGAUCAAUCCGUUUCUCCCCAUCCGCAUAUUAUCUCUUAACUGGCGGCUAUGACAACAAAUUAGUAUUAACAGACCUGCAAGGGGACCUCACGAUGCCUCUACCAUCCGUCGUUGUGGCACAACACAAUGACAAAGUCAUCUCUGGGCGCUGGCAUCCAAACGAUUUCUCAUUUAUUUCGACAUCUGCUGACAAAACGGCGACUUUGUGGGCAUUGCCGCCGAUGUAAAGCACUUUUUUACGACAAAAAAAUGACAAUUUAAUCAAAAAAAUUUAAUUUAAUUUUAAUUCACAUGACUUUUUUGUGUUAUUUUCUCAUGAAUUAUUUUUUUAUAUGAAUUUUUAUUUCAUAAAAAAUUAAAAAUUGUAACCAAUACGUACUAAAAAAAACCACGUCCAUAACUUUUGUAUUUCUUUCUUUCGGUUGUAAGAUAUUUUUUUUAUAUAAAAAUU